AUGGCCGGAAUGGAAGUUCUCUUCAAGAUGCUUGGUGAAACGAUCACUACAGGUUGCUCGAACCCUCCGGAUUCUGCUCUUUACCCCCCUCGGGAUUGGGUCAUCCUGGAAAAGGUAAGUGAGCAUCCUGUCUCGAUUCCCGCAGAGGAUUGCGCCCUGGGCAUGGGCCCCCCAUACACCGCUGGAAAAUAUCUUUGUCGCCUUGCGGGAGCCGGGAACGAGAAAGAGCUCGCCUUCAUACGCAUCUACAAGCAGAUUCCUUCGGCUGGCACUGCACUUGACAACUCGAGUGUUAGGAAGGCACAGGCAUCCGAGGAACCUGGUCACACGGAGCUAAAAGCCUUGAAGCAUCUCACAGAGGGAAAGUACACUGCUACCCCCGAACUCCUUGGAUAUCGAUUCGGCAAGCAAGAUGCAUACGAUCUUGUCCACGGCGGAUAUAUCGUCUACCUUCUAUGGAAAAAGGUCGAAGGAGAUUCCCUUGAUCUUGAGGAGUUCUGGAGACUGCCCUACAAUCGGCGACAAAGCAUCCGGGACAAGUUCAAGACGACCUACAUGGAAGUUCUGGGUUUUGGGUACAGGCCACGCAUGGAGCUCUCGAGCAAGAUCAUACUCAACAAGUCCACAGAUGAUGUGUAUGUUCUACACUAUAGUCUAUACUCUAUCCCUUGCAAUAUCACACUCAUGACACGCAUCAAAAUUUCCGGCUUUCGCUGGGCUAGACGCAUUGAUCCUGUCACGGAAUGGGAAGACGAGUACUUCGCUGUGUAUUCCCUGGUCCUGGCCAUUCCGUGGCACGUUCGGUACCUUUACGGACUGGCGAACGAUCCCCACCUUGACGAGAGCACUGGCUGGUGGUGGUGA